AGAUUUCAUGACCCAAACGCACUCUCAUUUGGUGCUCACAUUACCAGAACUCACUUUUUAAAAGCCUGAGAGCAGCACACCGCCAUAGAAUGUCGCAGUAGCCGACAUGGUUAACUUACCGUGUCUUUCCCACUGUAGUGAGGCGGACAUGUCAAAGCUCCUCCGGUCCGAGGAGAUGACCCUCGUGCAGAUAUUCUUAUCUCAGGAGGCGUCAUACAACUGUAUCAGAGAACUUGGAGAGUUGGGUGCGGUUCAAUUUGCUGACCUAAAUGAAGGAGUGAACGCUUUCUCUCGUAACUAUGUGUCAGAGAUCAGACGUUCUGAGGAAAUGGAACGACGACUUCGAUUCUUUGCUGGGGAGAUUGAGCGAGAGAAGCUUCCUGUCCCUGCUGACUACAAAGUCCCUCAAGCCCCUAAUCCUAAAGACCUGAUCGAUCUCGAGGCAACACUAGAGCAACUGGAGGGGGAGACUAGACAGAUUAAUGCCAACCAGGAAGCUCUUUUGAGGAACUUCUAUGAGCUAAAAGAGCUGAAACACGUUCUUAACUCAGCUAGUACUUUCUUUCAAGAGGGUGCAGCGAUCCAGCAGGAAGGGCUGAAGGAGCGACUUACGCCGAAAUACGACGAGGAAGCCGGAGGUAACAUCUCCCGGCACCUCAGUUUCUUGUGUGGUGUUAUCAACCGGUCUAAAAUCCCUGUUUUUGAAAGGGUCCUCUGGAGAGCCAGUAGAGGUAAAGCUCUGUUGAGACACAUGGAGAUAGAGGAGCCUCUGAAGGAUCCAGCCACCGAAGAAGAGAUCUCCAAAUCUACUUUCAUAGUCUACUUCCAGGGAGAGCAGCUCAAGAUGCGAGUCAAGAAGAUCUGUGAGGGUUUGGGAGCAACUACAUACCCUUGCAAAGAAGACUGGGAGGAGAGAAGACAGACAGAAGCUGAAGUUGACAAGAGAUUGGAGGAGUUGACCAGUAUUCUUAACGAGACCAAGAACCACCGCUUCAGGAUGCUGAACACCGUUGUCAGCAGUAUCAACUCUUGGAUCAUCCAGGUUAGAAAAGUGAAGGCUAUCUGGUACACGAUGAACAAGUUUAAGAAGACAGAAACAGGGCUCCUGCACGCGGAGGGAUGGUGUCCUAAACUACAACUCAACGAAGUUGACAGGGCCCUCAAACGUGGAGCGCAAUCAGCGGGUAGCGAAGUAGCGCCUAUCCUAAACACGGUAACAACGCGACGUACCCCACCCACCUACCACCGUACUAACAAACUGACUAAGGGUUACCAGGCUAUCAUUGACGCGUACGGUGUGGCUUCCUAUCAGGAGAUAAAUCCAGCGAUAUUUACAAUCAUAACGUUCCCCUUCCUGUUUGGUAUCAUGUUCGGAGAUAUCGGUCACGGGUUCAUUAUGUUCCUCGCUGGACUGUACCUUGUAUUGAAGGAGGGUUACUUCACCAAACGGCUCAAGUCAUACGAAGAGAUAUUCCUGAUGAUGUUCCACGGUCGGUACAUUAUAAUGAUGAACGGACUGUUUGCUGUGUACGCAGGAUUCCUUUACAACGACAUAUUCUCACUCUCCAUCAAUAUAUUCGGUUCUUCCUGGCAACCUACAAACUACACGCGCUACGAGAAAAACUCAUCUCACUACAUUAAUCCCGAUGCUAUCUACGGUUUGGAUCCAAUAGGAGACGAAUACAAUGGAGAUCCCUACUUGUUCGGAAUUGACCCCUUCUGGAAUCUGGCGGAAAACAAGCUAACUUUUGUUAAUUCCUAUAAGAUGAAGCUCGCUGUUAUUCUUGGGCUCACACAGAUGACAUUUGGAUUGAUUCUCAGUUUCUUUAACUAUAAGUUCAAGGGCAAAACUCUAAACAUAUAUUGCACAUUCCUCCCACAAAUGAUUUUCUUGCAAUGUCUCAUCGGUUACCUGGUCUUCAUGAUAUUUUUCAAGUGGUUCGCAUGUGAUGCCACCACAGACCAACCAUCACUUCUUAUCUGUCUCAUCAACAUGUUCCUGAAGUUUGCGGGAGAAAUUGACGAGGGAAUGCAGCUUUAUCCAAUGCAGCGCUACAUACAAGCUGCACUGGUGGUAGUGGCGGUGAUAUGUGUGCCGUGGAUGUUUGUCGCCAAGCCAAUCAUCGAGCACAUGUACCCACGAGUCCGGCAAGCGAGCUAUGCCCCAAUACCACAGAACUAUCAACAAUUCGAUAAUGAGGGAGAUGAUGAGGAAGAAGAGGGGGAGGAAGAUCACGGAAUGAUGGAUGUCAUGGUGCACCAAGGUAUCGAGACUAUCGAGUUCACGCUGGGUUGUAUCUCCAACACUGCCAGUUACCUCCGACUCUGGGCUCUCUCACUCGCUCACGCAGAGUUAUCUGAAGUGCUGUGGAGUAUGGUUAUGCAAGCUGGACUGGGUAUGGACAUCAACAAAUACGUCAACCCCAUCCUCAUCAUUGUGACGUUCUCGUUCUGGGCGGUCCUCACUGUGGCUAUCCUCAUUGUGAUGGAGGGACUGUCUGCCUUCCUUCACGCCCUCCGUCUUCACUGGGUGGAGUUCCAAAACAAGUUCUACGAGGGAGAAGGUCACCUUUUCGCUCCCUUCUCCUUCGAGCGAAUGCUGAAUGGGGCUGACGACGAGUAGAGAUUAUGUCAUGAUUCCUGCAGCUGUGCUUUUAAACUCUCAAGCCUGAUACAUCAUAAAUUACUGUUUAUUUUAACUGUUCUUUGUGUGAAUUAGGACUUAAUGAAUGGAUUUUUCGGAUUUAUCGGUUAUUGUAGGAGUUUUGUAUGUGCCUUUCACUUUCACCGGUGCAUCAACUUACUUCAUAUUCAAGACUUCGAUGAUUUUUAUUUCGGGUUCGGUUCAGCUGGCUGAAUCGACACGACAAUCAGUAUCAAGUACACCAUUAAAUGUUUUAGUUUUCUUUGAAUGUUAGUUUUCUUCAAAUGUAAGUGUUAUAUACGAAUGUUAUACGACAAGUGUUAUAUACGAUUGUAGAUUGUUUGAAUGAAAUAGUUUAUUUCCUGGAUUCUUUUUUGUGAA